AUGUCGUUACGAAAAUUAAACGUCGAACCAUUGACUAAGGAAGCUUUUGCAGCAUUUGGUGAUGUUAUCGAAACUGAUGAUCGACCUUAUCGAAUGAUUAAUAAUGGUUCGACCCGUCGUUACCACGCUCUUGCUCAGGUUGAAACAGCGUAUCCGGCUGAUGGUGACCGUGCUGUUAUUAGUAUUUUUCGUGCUCAAGUAACCAAGAUGCCGUUUGUAAUUCGAAUGCUUGAACGACAUCCACUUGGUAGUCAAGCUUUUGUGCCACUACUUGGUCGACCAUCACUUGUUGUUGUUGCUCCACCGACAGAUCCUUCAAUCAAUGGUGAUAAACCUCAGCUUGAUCUCAUACGUGCAUUUAUUACAAACGGUAGACAAGGUAUUAAUUAUAGUCGAGGAACAUGGCACCAUCCUGUCUUAGCUAUCGGCAAUGAAGAAGAUGAGUUUCUUGUUGUUGAUCGUGAAGGUACAGGUAAUAAUUGUGAUGAACAUUUCUUCGAAGAACAUGAACAUAUGAUUCUUGAUUAUCAAGGCUAA